AUGAUUAAUCAUCUUUAUCUUCCUUCUCCCGAAAUAAAAAGAGACGAAGGAAAGAAUAUUCUGAAUCAUCAGAAAGCAAACAAGUUGAAGUUCUUUAACUUCGUGUCUUCAUUCAGCUCAAUUAGUGGUGUUUUGUUGAAUUCGUGCAACAAGUUCAAUGUUCGAUGUUUUGUAAUAUGUAUACAAAACAAAGUUCAUCGACUUGGAAAAGCAAAUGUUGCAAAUAUAAGACGAUUAACAACAUUUAACUAUUUACAUAUUCGACAACUUACAUUCCGAGUAAAAAGGAAGAAGAAGGUUUACUUAAUUAAUGUCACAGAACGUAAUUGGCCUGUUAAAUAUAUUUAUCAAGAUUAA